AUUGACAAUCCACGUGCACCAAAAAGAAACAAAGCCAAACCACCAUGACAAUGACACCAGUAACUCGUCUGAGCGGUGGACUUGCCAUUAGCUGGCCUACUAGCUUGGUGCUGGGCUUUGCCAUUGCGCUGCUACUUCCAACCAAGGGAUUUGCUUUUGUCUCUACUGGUAAUAGUGGAUAUUCGCAAGCGACAAAAUCGGCUCCAUCAUCUCAUCAUGAGCUCCAUGUGGCUGCCAAUUUGCCGGAUUCUGUGAUUGACACAAUCCACCGUGGAGGGAUUGCCCAAGUGGACAAUUUUUUGUCACCAGCAGAAAUUCGUACCCUCCGCAGCGACGCCCACUCGUUGUUUGAUGACGGUCAUUUCAUCACCGACGCAUUGGCCAAUUACGGACAAUCCAAAGGUCAAAAAGACAAGGCUCAAUUCGACGUUUCCAAAGAUCGCAGUGUCUGUCCGUCCUACAUUCCUUCGAAAGCAUCCUUGGGUCCCUUUGUCAAUGAUCAACUCGGCAAUAAUAGUCAAGCACGACGGGAUUUGACAGCAACCAUGACGACCUUGCGCAAAGAAUUGGCCGUGGGAUUGGAUCGUCCCGGUAUGGCCGCGUUACCGGAUGGCAUGUACAAUCACGAAUUGUCCUAUACGCGAUUUGGACCGGGCGCCUUUUUGAAACGACACGUCGACGAACAUCACGAAGAACUCAAGGGGGUCCGGGGUUGGUCGGCACCGACCCGACGAUCGCUCAGUUGGUUGGUUUAUCUCAAUGAACCCGAUUGGAAUGCAAAACGCGAUGGGGGUUGUUUACGAACGUAUCCUCGAGUCUCCAAACAAGUCGGCAAAGUGGGAGCGUGUCAUGGAGAUUUGCAAAUUGGAUGGUUGGCACCCACGCGACAAGAUCCCGUCGAACGACCCGUCUUUUUGGAUGGACGACGACAAGGAGAAGCCGGCAAUUGUGCCAUGUAUACUAUCGGUAUGGACAAUAAACCAACCUACCUGACGGAAAAUUUCAGUGCCGAUCCCUACCUGUUCCUAUCGACGGGUGACUGGGUCGUCCAACAUGUCCUCAUUCAAAAUCCGGCCGUGGGAGAUCGAUUCCAUUAUCUGGAACCUCCCAAAUCCAAAUUGACUGAUUUUAUGGACACCAAUCUCAAAGCCAAUACGGCAUCCACCGUCGGAGAGGGAAUACUAGAUGUUGCGCCCACGGGAGGAACCUUGGUCAUGUUUGAUUCCGUGGCACUCCCGCAUGAAGUAUUGGCGACGCUCGACCGAGAACGAUGGGCCAUUAGUGGAUGGUUUCACGAGGCUCAACAAGAACUACCACCUGCCAAACAACAACAACAACGAAAUCAACAACAAACACAGAAUACUGCUGUAUAAUAGAUAGCAAGCCAGGGAUAGAAAUUCACUUACUUUUGGUUGCUAUCGUAUGAUAGAAAGUCAUUCUCAGUAAAAUGUUCAACUCGGAUCGUUCCCCGCAAAGAAGAACAGAGGGCAAAGCCGCUGAGACAUAAUAUUAGUGGCUUACAAGGGCAAUGGAGAGGUAGGUCUGGAUAAAGAACAGCAUGUGGGAGUAGGAGUAUAGAGUGGGACCAAACUUAGAAAUGCGGGAGGAUUGUCAGAAGAAACGAAUACUGGAGCAUCAAUAUGACGACUACAUAUACUAUGGUGAUAAGGUUUUCUCGUUCCUAUACUUUUUUCAAGUGGUAAUGUUUUGAUCUUUUGGGGUUUCAACGAGUGGUACAGAAUAGAUCCGCGUACCUGGUACCGCAUCGUCCCGGGAUCUUUCUUUCCUCUAGCUGUCCGCGUUUUCCAUUGCCACAGCGUCCUCCAUGGGGGUAUCGUCUCCGGCAACACUUUUCUUCUUCAUAUCGGUCGCCUCUUCCUUUUUCUCCUCUUCGUCAUUAUCGUCGGCAGUAAGGUCGACAACCAUCUUUUCUGUGGUCUCCGCUCUUUGGACUUGCGCCUCAAAGCUCUCGCUCUCCUCUUCAUCGUAGACGAAACGCAAACUCUCCUUGAUAGCCAUGGCAAUGGCACGAGCCAUUCGUCCUGGAACAGCAUUGCCCACCUGCCGGUACUGUUCGGUCACUGUCCCUUCAAACUUGUACUGGUAGUGAAAGGAUUGCAAGGUUGCCGCCUCACGAACGGUAUUGGCUCGGUUCUUCGUGGGGUGCCAGGCACAUCCUUUGCCACGAAUGGUUCCAGCUGGCUUGUCAGCCUUGAGAAUGUCAGCUUCCUUGUCGGGAUGAUCCAAGUUGG